AUGGGUUCACAGACGGGCAAUUACAGCGACAGAUCCAACUACAAAGCCAUCAACGAUUCAGGCGUGAAGCUUCAGACCCAUUCUUUUGGCGACUACGUCUUCAAACCACACGCAGCCUUCCCCUCGGUUGAAGCUGCGGCAUCCACAGGAAAGGGCGGCUCCAAGACGCAAUGGGACUACGUCUUCGUAACCACCAAGGCGCUGCCUGAUCGCUCGGAUGACUCGGCCAUGAUCGCUCCCCUCAUCGGUCCCCGUACGAGUAUCGUUCUUAUACAGAACGGUGUUGGCGUCGAGGAGCCCUUCCGCCAGCGGUUCCCUGGUAACCCCAUUGUGAGUGCCGUCACGGUCGUCAGCGCCGAGCAGACAUCGCCAGGCGUUAUCCGUCAGAACCGAUGGACGCGGGUCAGCAUCGGUCCGCACACAAAUGGACUCGGGACGGGUGACCCUGAACUUGGUCGGCUCGGUACACAUGCGGUCGAGCAGCUCAGCAUGUGGUGGGGUCCGGGCUGGGGUGGCAUCCGUGAUGUCGAGCCUCACGACGAGAUUGGGCUGCAGACGGUGCGAUGGCACAAGCUCUGCAUCAACGCGGCGUUCAAUCCGAGCGCGGUACUAAGUGGUGGAAGGGGAAAUGCCGACAUGGUGACGGAUCCGGAGCUACGGGAGCAUGUGGUAGGCAUCAUGAACGAGAUCAGAGCGGCGGUGCCCAAGAUACUGGGGAGGAAAUUUCCCGAUGACCUGGCCAAGCCCGAUCGGAUCGUCAAGAGCACGGAGCGCAACACGGGGGCCAGGCCUAGCAUGUUGCUCGACUGGGAGGCCGGACGGCCGUUAGAGCUGGAGGUGAUUCUAGGCAACCCGGUGAGGAUAGCCAGGGCACGCGGGGUUGAGAUGCCGCGUCUGCAGACUCUCUAUGCACUCUUGAAGAGCGCGCAAAGGACGCGCGAGGAGAGGACCACCAAGCCAAGACUGUAG